UUGUUACACGAAGAAGAAGGGCAUCCGUCCACAGGCCAACCACAGAUACUUAACAGACAACAUAAACAUUGUCACAUAUUUAGGCAGAUCAGCUGUUUUAGCACCUUAGCUCACGUUUUCUUUGGCACUUUCACUAGAGAUCUCCUUCACGAUGUGGUAAACUAUCUAAAUGUCUUGUGGUCGGCCAUGUUUAUGGGGAUGGCGGCUUUCCGAAGGCCUUGAAGUCGUACUGCUACCGGACGCCAAUGAUUCAGCUUGAGAAACCAGUGCUAGCUGGUACCAUGCCGGUGGUGUGGCCCACCAUCCUUGACCUGGGCAGGGAUGAGUGCAAAAGAAUUCUGCGGAAACUGGAGCUGGAGGCAUACGCUGGGGUCAUCAGCGCUCUGAGAGCCCAAGGAGACCUGACAAAGGACAAGAAGGAUCUGCUGGGCGAGCUCACUAAAAUCCUCGGCAUCUCUACCGAGCGGCAUCGCGCAGAGGUCCGCAGGGCUGUCAACGAUGAGCGCCUCACCACCAUCGCUUAUCACAUGUCGGGUCCAAACAGCUCCUCUGAGUGGUCCAUUGAAGGGCGGAGGCUUGUUCCUUUGAUGCCGAGGCUGGUUCCCCAGACGGCCUUUACAGUCACCGCUAACGCUGUGGCCAGCGCCACGGCCAAUCAGAACGCCUCCCUCCUGCUGCCAGCUGAAACGGGGAACAAAGAGGUCGUGGUGUGCUACUCCUACACGAGCACCACCUGCACCUCCACCAGCGCCACGGCGACCAGCGGCCCUAUAGGAGCGACAGUGAAAUCUCCACGGCCACCCAGCCCUUCAUCCAACGUGGUGGUGCUGCCCAGCGGCAGCACUGUGUAUGUGAAAAGUGUUAGUUGUUCUGAUGAGGACGAGAAGCCUCGCAAGCGAAGGCGCACAAACUCAUCCAGCUCGUCUCCGGUGAUGCUGAAAGAAGUUACCAAGGUGACCCCGCCAGUAUCCAAGAACAUCACGGUGCCUGUGAGCGGCAGCCCCAAGAUGAGCAGCAUCAUGCAGAGCAUCGCCAACUCCUUACCGCCUCACCUGUCCCCCGUCAAGAUCACCUUCACCAAGCCCACCAUCCAGACAACCAGCAACACCACGCAGAAGGUGAUCAUCGUGACGACUUCCCCGAGUUCCAAUUUCGUGCCCAACAUCCUGUCCAAGUCCCACGCCCACAACAACGCCACCGCUGUGUCCAAGCUGGGGUCCACCUCUGUGCUGACCACACCCACACAAAAGCAGACGGUGGUUUUUCCUGCCAGCUCCAGCACUUCCACGAACCCCAACACCAUCGCUGUGACCACAGUGGUCUCCUCCACACCGUCAGUGGUCAUGUCGACGGUCACACCGUGUGGAGCUUCAGCUGGAGUGAAGGUCUCUACAGCCAGACUUCCUUCACCUAAGACACUGGUGGCCUCACCCACUCAGAUCCUGGCCCAGUUCCCCAAACAACAGUCACCCAAACAGCUGCAGCAGAGCUCGUCUUUAGGAGCGUCCAGCAUCGGUCACACCCAGACCACCACCUCCUCACCGGGAGCCAAGCCCACCAUUCAGAUCAAACAAGAGUCCGGGGUGAAGAUCAUCACUCAGCAGGUGCAGCCCAGCAAAAUCCUGCCCAAGCCUUCGGCGGCUUUGUCCAGCAGCAGCUCUUCUCCCAUCAUGGUUGUCAGUAGCAACGGAGCCAUCAUGACCACAAAGCUGGUCACUCAGCCCACAGCUACCCAGACCACCUACACGAGACCCACUGUUAGUCCCAACAUCGGGGCCAGAAUAUCAGCCUCCAGUGGCGGGACCACUUACGUCAAGACCACCAGCGGCAGCAUCAUCACCGUGGUGCCCAAGUCUCUGGCCACUCUGGGGGGAAAGAUCAUCAGCAGCAACAUCGUGUCCGGCACGACGACUAAGAUCACCACCAUCCCCAUGACCUCCAAGCCCAACGUCAUUGUGGUGCAGAAAACCACGGGCAAAGGAGCGACCAUCCAGGGACUGCCCGGCAAGAAUGUGGUCACCACGCUGUUAAAUGCUGGGGGGGAAAAGGGCCUUCAGGCAGUUCAGGGGACCAAACCUGCAAUCAUCACCGCCUCCAGACCCAUCACCAAAAUGAUCGUCACCCAGCCCAAAGGCAUGAGCGCCGGGUCCCAGGCCACCGCCACCAAAAUCAUCCCGACCAAGAUCGUUUACGGCCAGCAGGGAAAGACGCAGGUUCUCAUCAAACCGAAGCCGGUCUUCCAGACGGCGGUGGUGAGCGAGCAGACCCGGCAGCUGGUCACUGAGACGCUGCAGCAGGUGACCCGCUCCGCCGAACUGAGUCAGGGUCAGACCCCGGGCCAGGACGGGGCCGCAAAGGAUGAUGCUGCCAGCCUCGCGGAGGCCAGCGCCUUAGUCAGCGAGGCUUCCCAGGGCAGCGCUCAAGAAGCGCAGCCUGUAGUGCACGUGGUGUCCUCCAGAGAGCAGGAUUGGACUGAGCAGGAAGUAGCCGUGGAGUCCAGCCCCACCAUCAUCUACCAGGAGGUAUCUGGCGGGGAAUCCCAGUCGGCCACUUCCACCAUAAAAGCUCUUCUUGAACUUCAGCAGACAUCAGUGAAGGAAAAGGGAGAAUCCAAACCCAGGCAGCACACCAUCGACCUUAGCCAGAUGGCUGUGCCCAUCCAGUUGGCCCAGGAGAAGAAGCCCAGCCCUGAAUCCCCCAAACCCUCUACCUCAGAGGCUGAACCCAGCGCUGAAUACGUCGCAGGAGGAAAAGCCACCAGAGUGGGAGUGCCCUCGCAGGAUGAAGAGGUGGUUAUGUCCUCCAGUCAGCAGCUGGGGAAGCCAUAUAAAACAAGCACAGUUGCUGUGGUAACCAAACCUGCUGCUGUCUCCUCUGCGGCUCCAGCGUCACACGUGCCCUCUGACAGUCAUGGUAAACCUGAGGCUGUAUUAGAGGCGGGUGAGUUGGAAGGAGACACUUUGGACCCCCAGACAGGCUUGUUCUACCGCUCCACCCAACCAGCUUCAGAACCCACCAAGCAACCCGCCCACUCUGCAAGUGCUCAGCCGCCGCCUGUGAGCCAGGCCGAGGCCGAGCAGAGCCGGCACCCUUCCACCUCCACCUCCACGUCCACCCAACAGACGCCACCGCCGCCGCAGCUGCAGAGCAAACCUCAGAUCAGCCAGCCUUCCUCUUCCUCCACCGCCUUCCCUUCUACUCCUCCUCUGACUAAGAAAAUCCCCAAGCUACGAGAGCAGAGUCAGCCCAAACCCCAAACCUUAACACAGAGUCCUAAAGACAGACCUGUGAGCGCACCGACCCCAGCCGGGGCCAAGGCCACCACUCCGAGCACGCCAACCAAGCCCAUGUUGACGCCACAGCUCCCGAAGCUCCAGCAGGCCCCCACGUCCCACCACCGGCCCCUGCACACCUCAAUGUCCCACCCUCCUCCGCUGCAGGCGCACCACCCCGUCAGCACCGACAAAACCGCCUCCAGCCAGCAGCCAAUCAUCACGCAGAGUGCCACCGUCACCAAGAUUACCUUUGGCAGUUCCCACCACUCGUCGCCCGUCUUCAGCAGCGGGGAGGCUGCCGCCAAACUGAUCCCAGAGUCCAGCUCCGGGCCUUCUGGAGACAAGCCCUCAGUGUCGGACAUCCUAAAGAUCUCCAUGAUGGAGGCGGAGAUCGAUCCGAGCACAGAGCCCAUGGUGGUGGAUUCCUCCAGUGAUUGCGGCCCUCUGGGGAAAGCUUUGGAGGUCCAGGCCAUGUCCGGCACACUGGACUCGGGCCAGUUCAUCAGCAGCUCCGGGGCCGCCAUGCAUCACUCCCACUCGAAGCCGCAGCAGUUCAGCUGCCUGCAGGGCCUCGCAGCGCAGAGGAGCAAGGAAGACCUGGAAGUCAUCGAGGUGAUUCCUCAGUAUUCCAUCCUGCCAGACUCCAGCCAGUCUAAUGUGGUAGUGGAGCCCAGCGGCUUCCUGGAGAUCACCAACUACACCAGCCAGCAGCUGGAGGAGGACAGCCCCAUGGAGCAGGAGGUGGACAGCAGCAACGAUGAGGCCGCCGCCGCCAGCCCCCCCGACCAGCCGUAGUCACUCCAUGCUAAGAGACCCUGACGGGUGCAGUGCACAUUUUCACUUUGGGAAAAGCAGACUCACGAUUUGUUCGAGGCCUCGGACGCAGUGGACUUUAGUUAGUGUUUCAUUUUGUGUAAAGUAUUAGUUCGUUAGGCUCUUUUCGUCCACGCAGCUGAUGGCACACGUGGUUUUUAUCACCAGAAGUUGGGCGAGGUGAAAGGAUUAGUUCUAGUCCGGCUUCAGAGAGCUGGAAAGCAGUUUCUCCCAGCAUACGAUGUUACAGUAUGGUGAUUACUUUCUAAGACAUUUAAAUAUCAUUUCAUAAACGUACAGCUGAGCAAGUACACUGCAUUUAAAGUCAACCCAAAGGACCUGCAACUUCUGAGGGGGUCACAGAGAUGAGUAGCAGCAGAAAAGAUAUUGAAAAUGCCUUAAACACCAGACGCAAAAGCCCUUUUUAGACAUGAUGCGUGUGACAUCACUGCCUCCAGCCAUCUUUUUAAAUGAAACCUUUAUUGUUAUGUUCCUCACGGCCUCUUUUGCAGCUAUUACAACUUUACCACUAAUUCGAUGUCUCAUCAAGAACCAGUUUGACUUGUUUUCACCCCCCAAGAAAUUCUAUUUGAGGUGAUUUUCCUUCUGCAGAAAUUCCCAAAACCUUUGCUCAUAAUGUUGAAAACAAAUCACAACAUCUUUGUUUUAUUUCAAAUUAGGAGCAUAGUUGGCGAUAUAAAAUCCAAAAGUUUGUCAUAGUCCUAACAACCUGCAGUCAUAAUCUCACGUAGUGUUUUAUAGAAAAGUGGCCCGGGUGCUUUUUUUUGUUUUAGACAUGAAAUCGGAUGAUUGGAAAGGAGCGCAUGUCUGAAAGGGGCUUUGAUAAUUCACACAAAAGAGGGAACUCGAUCAGAUCUGCAGACCCAAACAGCCCCAGACGUUUGGAAGCUUUCAGAAAUAUAAAAUUCUUGGAACUUAAUUUAGACCGGGGCUUCUCCGAGGAACGCCGUCCUCGCAGUGGAAAAAGCAGCUCACGCCGUUCCUGGGCGGCGACUCAUAAACGGACAGCUUUUGGCGUCAGACGGAUUGUAUUUUCUCUCAACUCAUUUUGUAACUCUCCGACACUUUACAGGGUUUUCAGAGGAGGGAACAGAGCUGGAGCAGAUUGAUAUAUAUAUAUUUUUUUUCUUCUGUGAGGAACAUGAAGCAGAACCACAAAAAGAGUCCUGGAGGACCAAUAAUGUCCAACAUAAGAGUUGCUGCUCAGUGUAAUUUUGGGGUGCUUAAAAAAAAAAAGGAAAAGAAGCAAAUUGAGCAAUGUACUUUUUUUGUAAGAUGUAUUCCAGAGUCCGAAAAGUUGCAGUGAGAAUUUCAAUAAGUAUGCAUUUCUUUUCUACCUUUUCAAACUGUCUGACUAGAUGAGAAAAAAACAAAAAAACAUUUAAUCUGCACAAUAAAUCAGCUGAGAACAGCC